UUAAUCUGAUUCCACUCAUCAAAAACACUCUUCUUCUUCUCACCCCCCACGCACAAUAGCAAGCAACUUACGAUUCAUGUCAUUCCAAUGUGUUUUCCCAUACCUAGGGUUUAUCUCUCCCUCUCUCUCUUACAGGCCCACCCACUCUUACACCUAAAACCAUCCUUCGUUUCUAAACCCUACCGUUCCCGAAUCUCCGUUCAACCGUCGCGAUUCUCUGUCACCUCCGUCGCGGUAAGUGGUGCGCACUUCGAAUCUCCGUUCACCCGUUGCCGGAAAAUUAAACUUAAACAACAUGUAUCGGUUUAUGAAAUCUGCUUCGAUUCAUUUGAUUUGGGGAAACGGUGAAGAUUGAUUGGGCUUUUGGUGUUUGCUUGACUUGUAGUGUUAGUUGAAUGUCUGGUUUGCAAUAAAAGAGAUGUAUAAUCAGGCGAAUCGCGGUUCUCAUCCAUUGCCGCCACCACCACCACAGCCACCGGCUUAUCAACAGGCUCCGCCGCCUCCUCCACCUCCGUCGCAUUUUCAGCAUUUUGCCCCACCACCUCCACCUCCACCGCCUCAUGUGUAUUUACAUGGACCUCCAAGCACAUCCACAUUUAUGCCAAAUGUAGGACAGUCAUAUGCAACCCCUUCUCAAAUGCACCAUGGAAACGGCAUGGCGCCACCGCAUAGUUACUCUACCCUUGGUCAGAAUAGUUACUCUACCCUUGGUCAGAAUUCACAGCAUUCUUUGAAUAUAGGGGUCCAUAGUCAUCCAAUGCCGCCCCCGGUUCAUCCUCCCCAUGCGGCCCACACUCACCAGGAACCAUCUUGGGCUCCAGGGCCGCCAGCUAGAGUAUUGCCACCUCCCCCACCCCCUCCUCCCUCUUCUUCCCAAGGACAAAUUUUGUAUAAUUCUCCUUUCCAUCAACCGCCUUCGCAGCCUGGUGACAUUCAGAAUCUUCAGCGUAGCCAUAAUACUUUUCCUCCUCCUCCUCCCCCUCCCACUUGUGGGCCGGGUGGAGUGAAUGCUCAUUCAACUGUUGGGAAUUACCAAAUGCCUUCCAUUAGUGCCCCACCACCACCGCUACCGUCCUGUCCACCACCAGUUGCACCAUCUCCACCGCCUAUUUCCCCUUCUGUGACUUCUGCAUCCUCCCAGGCUGCACGGACUGAUGACCUGAACUGCUUGAAGGUUUCUGGCUCUGAAUCAAAGGAUAUGGAUUCAGUUGACAGAGUUGUAGCCCCCUGUCCUUCUGGCACUGUGCCUUUGUGCAAUUCUGAUGCCAAUCAGGGCGGUGGAAGUUGUAGAGAGGUUGCUGUUGCCGGGAGAGAUGAGCUGUUGUCAACUAGAAGUGUAAUUUUGAAUCUUCCCCCAGCUCCAACCAAGCCAACAGAUGAAAAAACUGUGCAGAAGAUUGAAGGUUUUUGUCAGCUUAUUGCUGAGAAUGGUGCUGAUAUUGAAGACAAGAUUCGUCAAGAUGAAUUUCAGAAUCCUGAAUAUGCAUUUUUGUUUGGUGGGGACCCCGGAACUGAAGCUGCAAUUUCUCACUCAUAUUUCCUAUGGGUGAAGAAAAAAUAUAAAUUGGAACUUAGGGGGCAUGAAGAGAAUAAUGAAUCACAGUUAAGGCCUCUAGCAGUAAGCUCUUUUCAGGAACAGCAUCAUCUGCAUGCUGCAACCGUAAAUGCAGAUUCUGACAUGGAAAUGGAAGAUGAUAUCACGCUUUCUGACAAGGACCAGGGAUCAAAUUAUGCAAUUGAAGCCUUUACUAAGCCUCAUGAUCAGGUCAAUAUUGUGUUUAGCAUUGAUAAGCAGCAGCAGCAGAAUUCAACAGAAAAUGAUCCUACCAAGGACAUCUUAUCUGAUGGAUCAAGGCUUUUAUCUGAUGAGCAUAUGAAGCCUGCAAAGUCAGUUACUAAGGUUAGCAGUCUUGUGAAUGAGACAACUGAAGUGGUUGAGUGCCCCCUGGGUAGUGUUUUGGAGAGAUCUUCAACUCCUGUAAGUAUUGAUUUCAUACAAAAUGGUACUUCGGAUCACGAUGAAGCUACUAAUCCUGUUAGAGAUUCUGGGAAACUUAUAAGAAGUGGAAGCCCGAUAAGACUUCUUCAAGAUUAUGCUUCUGAUGGCACUUCAGAUAAUGAAGAUGAAGUCUGUGCUGCAGAUGCUAAUGUAUUUACUGUCUCAUCCGGAGCUGACACUGGUGUUUCAGCUGCUCAUAAAGAUUCAAAUAGCUAUUUGGAGACUGAUAUUGGAUCUAAGAGUCCCUCUAAUACUCAAACAGAGCUUGAGAUGCUCUCCAAAACCACACAGAAUGAUUCAGAAAUAUCUCCACAUUUAGUUCAAGAAUCUAAGGGAACCUGUAAAGGAUCUGUCUCAAGUUCUAAUCAUGGAUGUAUUGAGCAUAAUCUUGAAAAUCAGGUGUCUGCUCAUUUUACUCGUUCAACGGAAGCUUUCCAGGUUAAAGAUGGGUUAAGUGGUACUGGCAUUGACAGUGAUCAUAAGGGUGGUUAUGCUGAACAGGAAAAUGAGAGGAAAAACCCAAAGAUUAAACCAACUGUUAUGAAAGUAGAUAAAUUUGGAAGGCAUCUCAAAGAAGGUGCUACAGAUAGCGACUCUGAUGAUUCUUACAAUCAUCAGACUAGGAGGCUGAAGAAAAGAGAUAGAAGCCGUAGUCGCAGCACAUCUCCUAUAGACAGGAGGAGUAGGAGGAGGAGGAGGAGUCCUCGGAGGCGAAACGAUAAAAGAAGCCGAAGCCGGUCUCGCAGCCGGUCUCCUCGGCGCCGUGGAAGCAGGAGUAGGUCCCCGAUCUUAAGACGUUCAGGUGACUUUCAUGGUGAGAAUGUGAGAAGGGAAAAGGGCCAGUGCUUUAAUUUCCUUCGUGGAAAGUGCUAUCGAGGAGCAUCUUGUAGGUACAGUCAUCAUGAACCUGAGAAGAAUGCAACUUCUAGGCGUAAUAGAAAUAAACAUGAUCUCGAAGUUUAUUCUCAUGAAAAAGUUUCUAGGAAGAAUGAAGGCAUGAAGGAUAUUUCUUCUAAAAUGUCAGAUUAUGAGCAUGAUGAAGUCAGAAGUCAGGGUGUAGAUCUUUGCCAGAAUGUAAAUGGCCAAGAAGCAGUGCAGAGAAAAGAAGAUUCUGGGAUGCAUACUGUUGUGUCUACUAACUUUGGUCUUGAUGGUCAAUCUGUUGAUAGCAAUCCAAAUAAAUCUGAAGGUCUCAGAGAAGUUGCUCCAGAAGUGCAGGAAACUUUAGUAGUCAGAGAGGUGCCUAAAACUUUAAUCCAUGAAAAUGAUGGUUUUCAGAAAGAAGUGAGUCCUCAUCAGCAACACUUGGUUGAUGGCUUCCGUGCUGAUGCUUUUAUACCAUCUGGUGAUACACCUGCGAAUGUCAUUGCCUCAGAAGAUGGUUCAUUUGUUCAGCAAGUACAGUCCAAUGCUUCUGGUGGAGUUCCAGAACAAUCAGCAGACCCAUCUCAAGUUUUAAAUGUGUCAUUAAGGACUGAUUCAUCAUCUGAUAAAGGAUCAAUAAUUUCUGCUAGUGCUGAUAAGAUUUCUGGUAGUGAACCUUUGCCAUAUAUGUUACCAUCAACUCAGAUACAGUUAGCUACUAGUUCUGUUGAUCCAUGUGUCACAUCUGAGCAGCCUUCAGUGCAUGCUCAGGUUUCUAAAGAGUUACCCCCACAUAGUGGUUCCUCAGUGGAAUUUCCACUUCCUACCUACCAGUUGCCUGCCUCUGCCGUUUCCCAUUCUCAGAGUGAAAAUGCUGUGCAUAUGCCACAAAAUUCAAGGCAACAUGGUGCGGUGCAACAAAAUUCAUUCUUUCCUUUCCAAUCCACAAUUAGAGGAAAGUUUGAACCUUACCCAGCUCCGUUCCACACACCAAACUCUCACUUCAGUGUACCGCCAAAUAGCUGUUGGACAUCCUUGCCGCUGCCGCCACCACCACCACCACCAUCAUCAGUGUAUAAUUCCAGUUUAAACUCGGAAGUUGCUAAACCAUUUGUUUCUUCAGAAUUUAAUCAGAGUCAAUUGCAUUUGAGAACAGACUUUGUUUCUCAGACUUUCAUGAAUCCUGGAUUGCCAACGCAUUCUCAGAGUUCUAAGUUUCAAGAGCAAGCAUACCCUUCAAUGCAGGAUCAUUCACAAAAGUUCAUGCAUACAGAACCUUUCUCUCCAAACCAUCUCCCUCAGGGGAACCCAGCAAGUCAGUUGCUUUCAGGCCCUAGUCUCGGAAGAGAAAGCCAUCAUAAUCUCUCAAUGCAGGACACACAUUUUUCAAGCUCCUUACCUUUUGGUGGUCUGGAUCCUCAACCAAAGCAAUUUUCCUGGGAGUCAGAUGUGAACAGACUCAGACCUUGUUUGGAUGGAAGGUUACCUCCUGAAGGACAUUUCAAUACAUCUUCCCACAUUCAUCCAUUACCACAGAAGCCACAAUCAGUUUAUAAUUUUCAGUAUCCUGCAUCUAAUGUUAAUUUGGGUGUGUCCAGAGAGACUGUUAAUGCAUCCAGAUAUCCACAAGAUGUUCUUGAUAGUAAUCAUUCAACAUCUUUUCCUGAUUUUGGAGGAUCAAGAAUUACUGCUCACUAUAAUCCUUACGCGUCAACCUUUGACCAGUCUCUUAGUUCUAAAUUCAGUUCAAGUAUUUUAAGGCAAGAAAAUGACAUAAUCAAUGGUAACACUUGUGGUUCUUCUAGAUCGAACCAUACUCCUAUUUAUGGGGAAGGAGAUGGUGUUGGACCAAAAUCUGCAUCCUCACCAAAAUCAGCUAGAGCUGUUGGUCAACCUUUACCCAGGUCUGGUGGUGAACAAUAUGAUCCACUUUUUGACAGCAUUGAGCCAUCAUCCUCUUUGAAGAAAUUAGAUUUCGAUCACAAGCGGGACACUACGGGUGAAUCCAAUAUAAGGCUUAGAUCCAAAAGUUCUCAUGUGUCCUCGGACAUGGAAGAGAAGAAGCAUCAGGAGGUUGGGGCUGUUGCAUCUACCAGCUCUCAAAAUAAUGAUGAAUAUGGUGAGACAGCAGAUGCUGAAGUGGGUGCUGUUGAAAAUGACAGCCUAAGUAAUCAUACAGAUGUUGAAAAUUCAGGGGAUGAUGAGAUUAAUCAGAUCAAGUCUCCUGGGAAAAAGAAGAAGAGCAAGGAUUCGCGGUCUAUGAAAUUGUUCAAAGUUUCCAUUGCAAACUUUGUGAAAGAGGUUUUGAAACCAUCAUGGCGACAGGGUAAUAUGAGUAAGGUGGCUUUCAAGACCAUUGUGAAAAAGACUGUUGAUAAGGUGUCAGGAGCCAUGAAAGGCCACCGUGUACCCAAGUCUCAAGCGAAGAUAAGUCAGUACAUUGACUCGUCACAACGAAAGUUGACUAAACUUGUGAUGGGUUAUGUUGACAAGUAUGUCAAGGUGUGAGGGUUGGAAGUGAGCUAUGCCAAUGUUUCUUCAAAAUUAGAUGUGGGCAUUUUAGCAAGAAAUGUCAAUUCUUACCGAGAGAUGUCCCUUUUCAGUUAAAGGGGGUACUAGAUGAUGAUAUGUGUGACAGUGGUUGUUCAGCAUUCCAAUUCCUGGAGAUUUCUUGGUCAACCACAAAUAUGUAUGUAUUGUAUUUUCAUUUUGUGAUUCUUGUAAUUUGCUUUUAUUUUUAGUUUUCAUUCCAUGUUAUAUAGUAUUUUGAAUACAAGAGGAAAUGAGUCAAAAAUGGGAUUUUUUGAGAAUGUUUA